CGGCUGAAUCGAUUUGACUGAAAAUUGGAGGCAUGGCGAGGUGAUGGUAGGAGGUCUUCAGGAGACACAACCAAGGCUGCACAUAUUCAUGCCAAAAGACACAUGGCACAAAACGAAAACGAAGUUAAACGAAGGACAACCACUCAAAGGUCCAGAGAGUUAAGAAAGAAACCGUCGGGUCACCUAAAGCCGCUAGAAGAAGAUGACAUUGAGAACGAUGAGGUUGUGUCAGUCGCUAUCGGACCUCCCGCUAUACGACCCAAAUAUGAAAAACCAACGUGGAAGCAAACCCCACGUUCUGUAGGAAACAAUACAAGCAACUCGUCAGCUACAAGACUUGUUAAAGAGGUCCUUGUACAACUAGGACGGGAAUUUUUAACUCAUCAGGUCAACGAAGAUUUCGUAUUUGGACAAUACGUAGGUAACGCAAUGAGGAAUUUGAGAAGUGAUCUCCGUUUACGAAUGCAGCAUGAAGUCUUAGAUCUGGUGGUGAAAUAUCAGAAAAUAAAUCGUGGUGAAACCUUGACUGAUCAUUUGAAUGAUGAAAGAUCAGGAAUUAAGGAAAGUAAGUUAGAAAAAAAGUCGUCUUGUGCCAAUGAUACUGAUGAUAUAUGGCCAGAUUUCCCCAACUUUGCGAAGAUUGUUGGUUAA